AUGUCGACUCGGUAUUCUUUGCGCCAGACGCCUCGUGUAUGCCGCAUGGCUCUGCUGAAGGCAAUCGCUGGAGACGGGGCAGCGGGCAAGCGCCAUUCCGCCGUCGAAAUGGCCGUGUGGCAGAAAUGGCCGCGUGGUGUUUACACCGACAAGGAGGUCGAACUUGUGAAGAGCGAGCCUUUCGAUGGAAUGGUUCAGACUCCCGGCCGCCGUUCGACGCGCCGCAAGUCCCAGUUCCCUUCCGUCGACGGAUCGGACGACGGCGAGUCGAGCUCAGCCGCCGAGACCACCACCUCCAAGACUCGAGCAGGCUCCGAGAUGCGAGCUGGGUCCAAGACUCGAGCUGGGUCAGUGCGCCGACGUGUCACCCCCAAGUUUGUCGAACACCUCAACGAGGACGACUCCUCCAAGGCCGAAGAGUUCAGCCCCAUUCCGGACGAGAAGUUGUCUGCUGCGCUGAAUGGCAAGGGCAAGGCGGCUAACGGGCACACCAACGGCAAGGCCAACGGCCACGCCAAUGGACAUGCUACCGAACAGAUGGUCGACGGCUGGAAGCCCGGCAUGGACCAUAGAGUCGACCACUCGGGACACUUUGAGUUUGGUGGUAGCUUCGGCACCCUCUCACUCAUGAUCGGAUUCCCGCUGCUGAUGUACUACAUGUGGAUCGGUGCCACAUACUACGACGGCAAGCUCCCUCUUCCGGCUCAGGGACAGUCCUUGUCCGAGUUCGGCAACCACCUGGUCGACCUGGUCUACACCGGAGCAUUCCCUUCGUUGAGGGCGUGGCGUAUCUACUGGGUCUUCUACAUUUUCGAGGCCUUGUGCUACGCUUUCCUCCCCGGCUUCGAAGCUUACGGCAAGCCUCUACCCUUCGAGGGCGGCAAGCAGCUCAAGUACCACUGCUCGGCCUUCAUCAGCUUUUAUGUCACCAUCGCAGUCAUGGCUAUCCUGCAUUUCACCGGCUUGUUCAAGAUCUACACCUUCCUCGACGAGUUCGGCCCUCUGAUGUCCGUUGCCAUCAUCUCUGGCUUCCUCUGCAGCUUUGCGGCCUACUUUUCGGCCCUUGCCCGUGGCGCUCAGCACCGCAUGACUGGCUACCCCAUCUACGACUUCUUCAUGGGAGCCGAGCUCAAUCCGCGCGUCUUUGGCGUUCUCGACCUGAAGAUGUUCCAGGAGGUUCGCGUCCCCUGGUUCAUGCUGUUCGGCCUCAGCUGUGCCGCUGCUGCUAGACAGUACGAGAACUUUGGCUACGUCUCCGGCGAGGUUCUGUUCCUCGUCAUGGCCCACUACCUCUAUGCCAACGCCUGCUCCAAGGGUGAGCACCUGAUUGUCACUACCUGGGACAUGUACUACGAGAAGUGCGGUUUCAUGUUGAUCUUCUGGAACAUGGCCGGUGUGCCUCUGUCGUACUGCCACUGCACCCUGUAUCUUGCCAACCACGACCCUUCCACCUACGCGUGGAACAAGUGGGCGCUCGCAGCGCUCUUCGUCGCCUACCUGGGUGCGUACUUUGUCUGGGAUACCACCAACGGCCAGAAGAACUCGUUCCGCAUGAUGGAGCGCGGCACCUUUGUCAAGCGCAAGACCUUCCCCCAGCUGCCCUGGCAGGAGAUCCACAACCCCAAGGUCAUCGAGACCACCUGCGGCGACCGUAUCCUGGCUGAUGGUUGGUACGGCUACGCACGCAAGAUCCACUACACCUGCGAUGCCUUCUUUGCCAUUUCCUGGGGCCUGAUCACCGGCUUCAACAGCCCGUUCCCCUGGUUCUACCCCGUCUUCUUCUGCUGCAUGAUCACUCACCGCGCCAUAAGAGACAUCCAGAGGUGCAGACAGAAGUACGGCGACGCCUGGACCCAGUAUGAGAAGCAGGUCCCUUACCUGUUCAUCCCCUAUGUCAUCUAA